AUGACUAAAUACCCUACCUAUGAUGAGCUACCUAUUGACCCCUCGUAUCCACCUCAUACUGCUUGGGGCGUUUUCGGAAAGGACGACAAUUUGGGUACCCUCAAUUUGCUGACUGAGGAAAUAGCAGCCAAGGCAGCCCAAGAGAACGUAAAGCGAGGUGCUGUCUUCUCUUUAAAUUGGCAUCUUGAAUCACCUUCACCACCACUAUUCAACCGUACUUCAAUCCAACACCAUAUUCGUGAUCGUGGCAGCAGCAAGAAGUUUGAUGAUGUCUAUGACAACUUUAAUACUCAAAGUAGCACGCAAUUCGAUGGAUUGCGUCAUGUAUGCCACAUGAGCUCUGGUCGCUUCUACAACAAUGUAUCGCCGGACGACAUUGUAGGACCUAAUAGCACUGGACGACUUGGCAUCCAUCACAUGGCUCAACGAGGCAUUGCUGGUCGUGGCGUGUUGCUCGAUUAUGGAAGAUGGUGUGAGCGUAAUGGAAAGCAAAUCAAUCCUCUUAGUCGCCAUGUUAUCACUGUGAAUGAGCUUGAACAGGUUGCUAAGGAUCAAAAGGUGGAAUUCCAGGAAGGAGAUAUCUUAUUAUUGCGUACAGGAUGGAUGGCAGCGUAUGAACGUGAAGGGGAUCGUCUUUCGGAUAUCAUGGAUCUUGCCAAACCUGAAUGCAUUGGUGUAGAAGCGUGCCAAGACACGUAUCGCUGGGUGUGGAACAACCGUUUUGCAGCCGUUGCUGGUGACCAUGUUGCUUUUGAAGCCUUUCCACCAAAAGAUUGGAAUGAUUCAUGUCACGCCCAAUUCCUUGGUGGUUUUGGAAUGCCCAUAGGCGAGAUGUUUUAUCUCGAAAAGCUUGCAGAAGACUGUGCCAAGGAUGGUCGAUACACUUGCCUCUUUACAAGUGCUCCUCUUAACAAAUAUCAAGGUGUGGCUACUCCACCCAAUGCAUUAUGCAUGAAAUAA